CAGGCAAGAAUGUUUCGGUGCACCAACAAAAUGUUACAAAUAUUUGCGAAAGCUUUUAAAAUUCGAGCAAAUGGAUUUUGAAUUUGCUUCCUGGCAAAUGGUGUAUCUUUUUACUAAUCCGCAAAAAGUGUACAGAAAUUUUAGAAGUCGGAAACAAACAAAAUCACAGUUUGCCAGAGAUGAUCCAGCUUUUCUGGUACUGCUAACAUUUUGGCUGUGUGUCUCCUCGAUAGGAUUCGCUAUCGUUUUAGGUUUAGGAUUCUUUCAAUUUCUCAAGUUUCUGUUCUACGUAAUAAUAGUGGACUGCAUUGGAAUCGGAUUUUUGGUCGCUUCUUUAUUUUGGUUCGUGGCCAACAGAUACUUGCGAGUUGACAAAACACAAGAUGUCGAAUGGGGAUAUUGUUUUGACAUCCAUUUGAAUGCCUUUUUUCCACCUCUCAUUAUUCUUCAUUUUGUACAACUAUUUCUCUACAAUGGCUUCAUCAGUCACGAUGGGUUUUCCUCUCGAUUCCUCGGAAACACCUUUUGGCUGAUUGCUGUCAGUUAUUAUACGUACAUAACAUUUUUAGGAUAUGCGAAUGUAGAAAUUAUGUCCAGAACACACGUUAUUUUAUCGGCACUGCCGAUCGCGCUUCUUCUCUAUAUUACCACUUUGGCUGGAGGAAUCAAUAUCACCCGAAUGGUCAUGUCAUUUUAUCGCGACAGAGUCGUGUAGGUGCUGUAAAUACAUAUUAUGUAAAGAUAAAAUAUUCAUUUUUAAUUUAACAAAAAAAAUCUAGUUCAAAAAGAACUUGCUGAUUUUAUUAUAUCCACUUCAUUUUUUUCAAAAUCUUAAUAUAAAUUAAAAACCUCUAUAAAAUGAUUCGACAAAAUAUUAUAAUGUAUAUCAAGUCAUAGCAUUAUGAUGUUCAAUCGAUAUCGUGAUAAAUACUAAAAGACUAAAUAUUUUGAUACUAAAAACAGUAAAACUGUAUUAAAGACUUUCCACUUAUUCAUAGAAUAAUUGUGUAUAACUUUUUUUUUUAAUAAUGUUAAAAAUACAUUUUUAUUUCGCAGUUUCCUUUUAAAUAGACAAUUAAAUGCGUUAUUUAUAACAUCGUGUAAAUAUUUCUAUAUUAUAAUUUUUAAUGUAUAAUUGUUAUUAUGUAAAUGUCUGAUAUAAAGUGAAUUGUUAUCAAAUUACAUGUUUCGCUUGGAAUUUCUACUAGUAUCACUACCGUCGCUUUAUUUACAGUAUUGCCGAUGAUUUCGCCGCCUUUUACGUAUGAAAGGCCGGAACUAUAAAUUACAAAAAUCUCUCGAAUCAG